AGCGCUUUUUGUGGGUAAUAGUAAGAGAUAAACAAGUUACAUUUGUAUUAUUGACUUUUGUUAAUGGAUUUUAAUAUAUUUUAUMCGUAUAUUUAAAUAUUAAAUCCAUACUGCAGUUGUUGUGCACGAUUUCCUUUAUAUUUUAUUUCGUAUUUGCUAAAACCAAUAACACAAUGAGCGAGUCAGAGCAAAGCAACAAGGUCAACGAAUUUGCUGGCAUAACUAAUGUAGAUCCAGAAAGAGCGAAAUUUUAUUUAGAAUCGGCCGCCUGGAGAAUGGAUGCUGCAUUGGCUAGCUUUUAUGACGAAGGUGCUGAUGAUGAACCUCCUAACGAAAAUGCUGGACAAUCCUCAUCGAGGCCAUCAGUUGCAUCAAAUAGAGAUGUACCAAUGGCAAGCAAAUCGAGUUAUAAACCAUUAGCAAAACCGAAAAAAUGGCAACCACAAUCGAGAAUAAUGACAUUCAGUAGUUUGAAGAAUGCUGAAGUUGAAGAUAAAGACAGUGAUGAAGAUGAAGGUCAAAGGUUCUAUGCUGGGGGAUCAAUCACAAGCGGUCAACAAGUAAUUGGACCUCCGCGCAACAAUGCUGAUGUUAUCACUGAUAUGUUUCAAACAGCACAGAAGUAUGCUAGUACUUCGGCACCAAGUGGUAGUAGUAGUUCCACACAUGACAGUGGUCCAUCAAAUUUCUUUGGUACUGGUUAUAAAUUAGGCCAAACUGAAAAUGACACUGAAGUCAUUCCAUCUCAUAAUGCUACUACUAAACGUUCAUCCAAUCAAGAAGAAGUUGUUUUAAAGGUAUGGAAAGAAGGAUUCACUAUCAAUGAUGGUGAAUUGCACAGCAUUGAUCGACCAGAAAAUAGAGAAUUUCUACUUAUGGUAGCUAGAGGAGAAGAGAUUCCUCCAUUACUUUUGAAAGAGGCUAAUGUGUCUAGUGAAGAUGAACUUCAUGUUAGCGUCGAAGAUCAYAGAUAUGAAGAAUAUAUUCCAUCAAAACCAAAGAAAAAAAUUUUUGGAGGAUCUGGAAAUUUGUUGGGAAGCCCUGCACCAGAUGUUGUUGGUAAUGAAGUCUCAAAAGAAAUUACUUCUGACAGUGGUGUUGCCAAUGAAGCUGUUGCUCGUGCUGAAGUUCCUUUAAUACCAGAUGCUCCAACCACUUCAUUACAGAUCAGAUUAGUAGAUGGUACAAGAAUUGUUGCCACAUUUAACCAUAGUCAUACUAUUGGAGAUAUUCGCCGUUACAUUGUAGCUGCUAGAUCUAGUUUUGGUUCUAGACCAUUUAAAUUGCARUCAUCAUACCCUCCAAAAACAUUAGAUAAUGAUGAUCAAACAUUGUCAGAAGCUGGAUUAUUGAACGCUGUGAUCUUCCAACGUUUUGGUUAAUAUUAAAGUAUUUUAGUUUACUUGUUUUUUUUUUUUUUUUUUGUUUUAUUAAUUUAAAUAUUUACAUUUUAUG